AUGAGCAUAGAUCCAAAGCAGUCAUACCAGUUCCACACCUCCCUGGUAUUCCAGCAAUGGGGUCUCCUGAAUGGUCUCCUUGUUGGAGAACGAGCAGCAGAGACUCUGCUUCUCGACGGCACGGCUCUAGAUAUUCCGGAGGUCAUUUACGUUGCUCGAUACGCAGGGAACGUAAGCGUCAACCCGACUGCAUAUGAAGCCAUCACGCAAAGCCAUGCGGCUUUGACGAAAAGUUUGUCGCAGGGGGAUGUUAUCUACGGCGUCAACACAGGUUUCGGAGGAUCAGCUGACCUUCGCGCCAACGACGUCUUGGCCCUUCAGCGUGUCUUGACACGGGAGCUAAGCUAUGGAAUUCUACCCCCCGGGGCGCGCGAUCCAUGUGUCUCAAAUCCUUCCAAGUCCAUCAAGGACAGUAAGAAAGCUGGAUAUAAGGCUUUUGAUCUGAGUGUCGAGCAUGGAACGCAGUCGCAGCAUCUGCCACUUCCCUGGGUCCGGGCUGCCAUGUUACUGCGCCUGAAUUCGCUAGUCAAGGGCCACUCGGGCGUGCGACCGAUCAUCGUGGAUCGGCUGCGUGAGCUGCUGUCGAAGAACAUCGUGCCGCUGGUUCCCCUACGUGGCAGUAUCUCUGCCUCCGGGGAUCUGAGCCCCAUUGCGUACAUCAGUGGCGUGCUGCAGGGGAAGCCGACAAUUAGGGUCUUUCCGAGCGCUCUUCCCGACAGCAGUAAGAGUGAUGUAUAUGCGGACCAGGCGCUAGCGCAGGCGGGGGUGGAGCCCAUCUCGUUAACGGCGAAGGAAGGACUGGCAAUUGUCAAUGGGACGGCGAUGUCAGCGGCGUGCGCGACGCUGGUACUGCAUGACAUUCACCAACUGGCGAUGCUGAGCCAGAUUUUGACGGCCAUGACGGUUGAAGCGUUGCAGGGGUCUCCCGAGAGCUUCGAUGCCUUUUUCUCCGAAGUGAGGCCGCAUCCCGGACAGAUCGAGAGCGCGCGCAACAUCCGCGGGUUCCUGCGUGGCUCGCAGCUGGCGCUAUUGAGAGACGGUAAAGACGGAUCGCUGCGACAGGAUCGCUACUCAAUCCGCACGGCGGCGCAGUGGAUCGGCCCCGUGUUGGAGGAUCUGGUGCUGGCGCAUCGCCAGAUGAGCAUCGAGUGCAACUCAGCCACCGAUAACCCGUUAAUCAACGACGCCGGGCAGUUCUUGCACGGCGGUAACUUCCAGGCCAAGGCCGUCACAAACGCCAUGGAGAAGAGUCGCCAGGCGAUCCAAAGCAUCGGACGCAUGCUUUUCACCCAAUGCCAGGAGAUGAUCAACCCCGUCACUAGCUGGGGCUUGCCGCCAAACCUGGUGGCGGACGAGCCCAACCAGUCCGGGAUCUUCAAGGCCAUCGACAUCUACAUAUCCGCGCUGACGUCGGAGCUGGGCUUCCUGGCGUCCCCCGUCAAUCACGUCUACAACGCCGAGCAAGGAAACCAAUCGCUCAACUCCCUUGCCCUCAUCUCGGCCCGGUACACAGCGGUGGGCACCAGCGUGCUGGGCGAGCUGGCGGCCGCUCAUGUCCUCUCGGCCUGUCAGGCCCUCGACCUGCGCGCCAUGCAGCUCCAAUUCCUCGCCAACGUGAAGACGGAGUUCUUCACGCGAACGACGAGCUUGGCCAAGAAUAUCCAGCCCUCAAUCCUGGACCCAAAUAGUGACCUCCCUCAAACCCUCUGGUCUCAUUUCCUUCGACAACUCAACAAUACCGUUACCAUGAACAGCCCCGACCGAUUCCCCUACAUCGCCAAAUCCAUGCGCGUGCCCAUCCUAGACUCUUGCUCGGCCUCUCCCUCGUCUGACAUCCUCGCUCGAAUGGACGAGCUCCUUUCAUCUCUCGGCCCGUUCCUUCAAGACGCGUGGUGCAUCAAUCGCGACGCAUACUUGGUACAUGGCGACGCCAGCGCCGUCCUAGGGGCCGGAUCGCGGAAGAUCUACCAUUUUGUGCGUCGCGCUCUCGGGGUGCCGUUCUUGUGCACGGAACGCAUCUUAACGCCCACGGUAGAGGCUAUGGCUAGUGGGCAAUUAGAUGAGGCGCCCACGGUGGGUGGGUAUACGGGGGUUGUGUACCGGGCGAUUCAGAGGGGGGAGCUUAUUCCUUUAAUGAGGGAUUUGUUGGCGGAAGAGGAGCUAGUGUAUCAGAUAGCCCGGGAUUUAUAA